AUGGCAAAGAAGUCCAGCCACUUCCUAAGUGCACCUGCUCUCACUUCUACGCCGGCAGAGGGGUUUCUCAGUGAGAAUAAUUAUGAGCCCAAAGUGAACAUUGACAACAUCCGCGAUUCGGGCGAUUCGGGCGAUUCGGCGGUCGAACAGAAGUUGCUUCUUCGUCUUCAGAAGGUGCUGUUCUCCCAAAUGAUCCAGGAAUCGCCGCGCGAAGAUGAGGAGGAGAGAGGGAGUAGCAAUUAUCUCUCGCACGCUUUCACCAGCUGCACCAUUGGCGAUUAUCAAGACCUAACAAGUAUGGGAUUUUCCGGUUUCAAAAAUCCACUUGUUUCGGUUGAUUCCAUCUUGCAUAAUCUGCAACCGAUAACCGCUUUUCGCAAGUCAGGAGACGAUCCUGGGCACACGUAUGGAAUCGAACGUUCGGAAAAUCCUAAGAGCAUCGGCGGCGCCCCAAGCGAGUCUGAUGUACAUCCAAAUUUUGCAACGUCGCUGGCGGCUGCUCUACUCGCUCCUCUCCAUCGCGAGUAG